CAAAAUUCAACGGGCUGCACACAAGGACGAAUCCUUUUUGUUGUGUUUUUUUCCUAGUCUUUUCACUUGUUAAUCUAGUUGCAAGUCUAAUGUCGUUCACAUUUGGAGCUUCGGCCGCGCAACCAUCGUUUGGUUUUGGGGCACAAGCCAACACAGGCUUUGGAGCUUCGACUGCGCCAGCGUCCGGUUCGUUAUUUGGCAAUACAAACACCACCACAACUACUUCUACGGGAAAUCUUUUCGGAGCCAACACCAACACGACGAACGCAUUCGGAUUCGGAGCGGCCAAUGCCACAUCCAACCCCACAGGGUCAUUAUUCGGUGCCAACACAAAUACCAACCCCACCACACCCGCAGCAGGAUUUGGAAACACCUCUACUACGAAUACCAACAAUAGCUUAUUUGGUCAACAGCAACAACAGAAUCAAGCCCAAACACCGGCUACGGGAUUCGCUGGGUUUGGCGCCACCGCGGGUUCAACCGCAGGAGGAUCCUUGUUCGGCAACACUGGCACUGGCAAUGCCGCUGCUACCACGACCCCUUCACUCUUUGGCAACACCAAUGCCAACAACAACGCAGGUUCUUUGUUUGGCAACGCAAAUACCACCGCUCCCACCACCGGUUUCGGAUCCAACUCGUUGUUUGGCCAACAACAGAAUCAAGCUCAAAAACCGACCACCGGAUUUGGAGGCUUUGGCGGCUUUGGCACUACCAAUGCACCUUUUGGUCAACAAACACAACAGCAACAACAACAACAACAACAACAACAACAGUUACAAUCAUCGUCAAAUAAUCCAAAUGCAGUUGUCCCACAAAAUACUUGGCAAAAGUUGGCAUUGUUACGUGCACAGUGGGAUCCUUCAUCACCUUUAUGUAACUUUAGACAUUACUUUUACAAUAUGGUGCCGCCCAACGAAGUGCAACUAUACGUCCGACCGCCGAACCAAGAUGAACAAUUGUGGAAUGAAGCGAUGCGAAAAAACCCGGAUCCGAGUUGUAUGGUGCCUGUAUUGGCGGUGGGUUUCGAAGAUGUCAUGAAACGUAUGGACAUUCAGCACAGACAGGGUGAAAUUCACAGAGAAAAGACCGAAGAAAUCGAGGAACGAUUAACGACGGCGUAUCGUAAAUACACUCUGGGAACACUGAUCAAGAUGGAGGAGCAUAAGCGUCGUCACGUGGAUUUGACCCAGCGACUAAUACGAUUACUGCGCUAUGUGCAGGUGCUACGUUACAAGGGAUUCCCACUGAAUCCCAACGAAGAAGCCUUCUUGAAGCGUUUACAAGAAUUAUCGUGUGCUUCGGUCACACCGGAACAAAUGCAUAAACGAAUGAUCGAGUUAUGGACACAAUUACAAACCAUCAAAAAGAUGCGCUACCCAGGUUCCGAAGGAGUCACCGAAGCGUGGCAAUCGGUCAGCGAAGAAGAUACCAUGAAGUUUGCACAGGUUUUGAAAGACGAGCAACAAGGUCUAAGUCAUGUGAUUGGCGUAUUGAAAAACGAUUUGAAAGAUUUGGAAGCGAUCGAAGCCGGCCUCAAAGUGGAAGGAAAACAAAAAUCGGCCGCCUCUUCCAGUUCAUAAUCAUCAUCCGACUUGGGACAAAGAAAAAUACACUCUAAUAUCGGUUGAUCCAUACUUUUUCCACAUCACAAUGAAAACCCUCAAUAAACGCUUUCUGAAAUUGCAUCUU